GUGUAUGCGUAAGCAGUCCCACAGAAAUAUUCGCGGCGUGGAGAAAAAUAAAUUUUAACACUUAAAGAGGUGAAAAACGCAGUGUAUUUUGAAAAUUAUGUAAAAAGUUGUACUUGAAACGUGUGUCUGUGUUAUAUGAUAUCAAUUUGUGUGAAAUUAAUAUGCAUUUAGUGGAAAUCAAUUUCCACAAUGCAUUGAAUCGGUGACCUACGAUAGUGUUGGUCUAAAAUGGCGUCGAACUUCAUGGAAAGUUAAAUGGCGUCCCAUUAAAAAGAACGGAAAAGUACACAUUAAUAUGGUGCAAUAUUUGUAAGCAAAAGGUGUAAAAAAGGAAGAGUGAGGAAGGAAGGUGUUACGAGAAUUGUAAAAAUCAAAUGACUCGUCGUAAUCACAAUCGUUGGCUUCGUCGCAAUCGCCACAGUUUAUGUAUGUGUGUCUCGUACGUUUUUGAAAAACGAUGCUUGUAGUAAAAGUGAACAAAAAAGAACAGCGAAAAUAAGCUAAGUAAUAAGUGAAUAACUAAAACGUACAUAUAAAAGUAGAAAAGGCGACUUGUUAACGUCAUCGUGUCAUACUGAGACCGAAGUGCACUGAACGAACAAACGUACGGGCGCUUCAUAUGACUCGCCUAGUAGUUGCCGUAUAUAACUACAUGCAUAUUUGCAUAUCUAUAAUUGUUUUGGAAGAAUACUAACUCUGAAGAAGUGUAACAUAAUUAAAAAUUAAAUCAAGAAAAUAAAACAACAUUGAGACGAGGAUCGGAAUUUUUGCGAGCAAGUUGAGAAAAAGACAAGUCCCAGCAAUGGAACAGUGUCUGUGGAAAAUUUCUACGCAUCUAUUGUUGUUGUGAUAAUAAAGCACAAAUAAGUCAGUGAGUGAGGUCAGAGCGCGUUUACAAGCUGUGCUUGUUUACAUUGCGGUGUCGGUGUCGUUCUCUUCGCUAAAGUUUUCGCCACUUUUACAUUCACCGCAUCGUCGUAUCAACGCUGUUUGUUGUUAUUCUGCGUUUGUUUUUUUUAUUUUCUUCUUUUUUUUGUAUUGCAUUCCGUUUUGUUCCAUUGUCGCUUUGGAUGCCAACAUAAUCAUUUGUGUGAUAAGUCAACGCGUUGUUAUCAAUUUUGUUUUUUUUUUGUGAUUUGUGUUUAUUGGAAAAGGCCUCACCACGAAUUACCUGACGUUCUCUUCGUCGCGGCGGUCAACUGUAGUCGCAACAAGUGGUGGUAAAACACCAGCCGCCAGCACUACAGCGCUCGCCACAUCAGCAGGAUCUGUUUCUGCUUCAUCGAGUGUUUCGUCGUCCUCGUCAGCGCUUGGAUUGCUGAGUUCGAGUUUCGUCGCCACAUUCUCAAAUCCCUUCAGUAGCAGUAGUAGUAGUAAUAACAGUAAUAACAAUAGUAAUAGUAACAACACUGCCGCCUACGCGAACAUAGAAGACCCGGCAUUAAUAAGAGGAGCAGCAAACUCUGCUUUGCCGCCAACAUCGUACUACACAAAACCGCAACAGCAGCAGCAGCAACAACAACAACAACAACAAAGUUAUCAGCAGCAAACACAAAAUCGUUCGUCAACUGCUACAACAACGAGUACUUAUUUUCAGCACACGCCAAACAGUAGUGGCAGCAUACAACGUGCAACAAUGGCUGCUAGUGGCACAGCUGCACCGAAUAGCAGCAGCAGUACAGCUGCGCUUGGCCUAUCGCCCACAUAUGAACCGCUUGGCGGUGGUCCACACGCUACCAUCGUUAAGGAGGGUUGGUUACAGAAGCGUGGCGAACACAUAAAAACCUGGCGUUCACGUUAUUUUAUACUGCGCGAUGACGGCACCUUGAUGGGCUAUAAAAGUCCGCCGGUGAAUAAUGCACCCGCUGAUCCAUUAAAUAAUUUCACAGUACGCGGUUGUCAAAUUAUGACAGUCGAUCGACCCAAACCGUUCACUUUUAUUAUACGCGGUCUACAAUGGACCAAUGUUAUCGAGCGUACAUUUUGUGUGGAAAGAGAGAUCGAACGGCAACAGUGGACCGAUGCCAUCAGAAAUGUAGCGAGUCGCUUGAGUGAGCUGGGCGAAACGGCCAUGUCACCCUCGACCUCAACAGACAUGUCUGAUGUGGAUAUGGCAUCUAUUGCCGAAGUGGAACUGCGUAACAGUUUUUCAGUGCAGGGCACAACGAAACGCAGUAGUGGCGGCGUUAAAAAAGUCACGCUUGAAAAUUUCGAGUUUAUAAAAGUGUUAGGCAAAGGCACAUUUGGCAAAGUAAUUCUGUGUCGUGAGAAGGCCACUGCAAAGCUGUAUGCAAUUAAAAUUCUCAAAAAAGAAGUUAUCAUACAAAAAGAUGAGAUCGCGCACACCAUCACCGAGAGUCGUGUGCUGCAAACUACGAAUCAUCCCUUCCUAAUUUCACUUAAAUAUUCAUUUCAAACAAACGAUCGUCUGUGUUUUGUGAUGCAAUACGUAAAUGGCGGUGAAUUAUUCUUUCACUUGAGCCGUGAACGUAUUUUCAGCGAGGAUCGUACGCGAUUCUAUGGUGCUGAAAUAAUUUCCGCCUUGGGUUACCUGCACUCGCAAGGCAUUAUAUAUCGUGAUUUAAAGUUGGAAAAUUUAUUGCUAGACAAAGAUGGACACAUUAAAAUCGCUGACUUUGGGCUGUGUAAAGAGGAUAUCACAUAUGGUCGUACAACGAAGACGUUUUGCGGUACACCCGAAUAUCUGGCGCCUGAAGUAUUAGAGGACAACGAUUACGGGCAUGCAGUCGAUUGGUGGGGCACCGGUGUCGUCAUGUAUGAGAUGAUAUGUGGACGUCUUCCUUUCUUUAAUCAAGAUCAUGAUGUACUCUUCACACUUAUCUUAAUGGAGGAGGUGAGAUUCCCCCGCACAAUUUCUGAUGAGGCGCGCAGUUUACUUGCCGGACUUUUGGCUAAGGAUCCACGUCAACGUUUAGGCGGUGGACAAGAUGAUGUCAAAGAGAUACAAGCACAUCCCUUCUUUGCGAGUAUUAAUUGGACGGAUUUAGUGAAUAAGAGGAUAACACCGCCUUUUAAACCACAAGUAGUGUCCGAUACAGAUACACGUUACUUCGAUACAGAGUUCACGGGUGAAAGUGUGGAAUUGACGCCGCCAGAUCCUGCUGGUACAUUGGGUUCCAUAGCAGAAGAGCCACUUUUCGCGCAGUUCAGCUACCAGGACAUGGCAUCCACAUUAGGUAAUUCAUCGCACAUCAGCAGCUCGGCUGGUCUUGCAUCGAUGCAAUAGAAUCGAAUAAAAUGCGUAUGACGUUAUAAUCGCCAGCGUCGUUACCAAUUUGUUGAUCGUCCUUAUGAUCAUUACUGCCAUCAUUGUCAUCAGCAUCAUCGUCAUCCAUAUUUUGAGAAGCAACAACUACAACAACAACAACACCAAAUGCAAAAUAACAAACCAACAAGCAAAGCAAGUGAAGCAGCCACAAUUGCUGUUGAGAGCAAAUUCCCUAACGUCGAUGCUGCCGCAAGCCAAGUCACCGCCACAGCGCGCACACCAACACCACAUGAAGGACAAAAACAAUAUUGUUUUGGUCUUAUCAAAAUUGUAGCGCUCGCUUAGUUUGCGCGCUGCAGCAACUUUUCUACUACUAAGGCAACAUGAAAUAAUUGCAUGAUAACGGACUACAACAACGCGAUGUGUAUAUGCACUUGUCAAAUGCGUCUGAGCGUCCACCGACCGAUGAUUCAUGGGUCGCAUUUUCAUUGUACUGAAAGCGUGUGUAUUUUUUUACGUUUCUCAUUGGCGCUGCGUAGUUGCGGCGGUGACUGCAGCAGUUCUUGAGAUACUCACUUGUCAGCAGCAACAACAACAACAAACAGACAAAGUAAACAAACAAAAAAUAUAUAGCAAUGGCAGUAGUGGACGUAAUGGCGCGCACAGCCGCAUCUGCGAAAUGAACAGCAGAAACAACAUGAUAAAGAACAGUUUAUAUAAUUAUAAUACAAUUUAAAAGUAAAAGUAAUAAAUAAAAAGUUUAAAUCGCUAAUAUACAUAUACAUACAUCAUAUAUUAUAUACAUAUAUAAAUAUAAUUAUAAUAUAAUGAACGGCAACAAUUACUGCUACAACUACCAAUAUUAGUACAUAUUGCAACUACAACUACUACUAUUAAAUACAAAAUAAAUAAAAGUAAUACAAUUAAAAGCAAACAUACAAACCAAUAAAUAAACAUAAUUUAUUUUUUACACUACAGUUACGAUUGCAACUACAAUAAUAAUAACUGAAAAUAAAAUUACAAGAAAAAUACACAAGAAACAUUAAGCGAUAAUAUAAUAAGUGCAUACA